AUGGUUAAAGACACAGAGCCUUUAGCCUACGCUGCUAAUGGGCACCAAAAAGAUUUUGACCCCAGUGCUCCUCCACCAUUCAAGAUUGCUGAAAUAAGAGCUGCCAUACCACAACAUUGCUGGGUCAAAAACCCUUGGAGAUCCCUCAGUUAUGUUCUCAGGGAUGUGCUGAUUAUUGCUGCACUGGUGGCAGCAGCAAUUCACUUCAAUAACUGGUUUUUCUGGCUCCUCUAUUGGCCUAUUCAGGGCACAAUGUUCUGGGCUUUGUUUGUGCUUGGACAUGAUUGUGGCCAUGGAAGCUUCUCAGACAGCCCUAUGCUCAAUAGCUUGGUGGGACACAUCUUGCAUUCCUCAAUUCUUGUUCCAUACCAUGGAUGGAGAAUUAGCCACAGAACUCACCAUCAAAACCAUGGACACAUUGAGAAGGACGAGUCAUGGGUUCCAUUAACAGAGAAGAUUUACAAGGAUCUGGACUACAUGACAAGAUUCUUUAGAUUCACUGUGCCGUUUCCAUUGUUUGUGUAUCCAAUUUAUUUGUUUGGAAGAAGCCCCGGAAAGGAAGGCUCUCACUUCAAUCCCUACAGCAAUCUGUUCCCACCCAAUGAGAGAAAAGGAAUCGCAAUUUCAACACUCUGUUGGGUUAUGAUGUUUUCUCUGAUUAUCUAUCUGUCCUUCAUGACUAGUUCACUUCUAAUGCUCAAGCUCUAUGGAAUUCCAUAUUGGAUAUUUGUUAUGUGGCUGGACUUCGUCACCUACUUGCAUCACCAUGGUUACUCCAAGAAACUACCUUGGUACCGCGGCGAGGAAUGGAGUUAUUUAAGAGGAGGCCUAACAACUGUGGAUCGGGACUAUGGAUGGAUCAACAACAUUCACCAUGACAUUGGCACCCACGUUAUUCAUCAUCUCUUCCCUCAAAUCCCUCACUAUAAUCUUGUUCAAGCGACAAAGGCAGCAAAAGGAGUUCUUGGAGAGUAUUACCGAGAGCCAGAGAGAUCUGCAGCACUUCCCUUUCAUCUGAUAAAGUAUUUAAUGCAGAGCAUGAGAGAAGACCACUUCGUGAGUGACAGUGGAGACAUUGCUUACUAUCAGACUGAUCCUCACUUCCACCGAGACUGA